AUGCUUGGUGCCUUGCAUACCAAGGAGCCUCUAGUGGUUACCAAAUAUGGGACCCUCCGAAAGCAGGUACACGUGGGGAAGACACCCAUCAAUGCCUUCCUAGGAGUUCCCUUCUACAGACCUCCUGUGGGUGCCUGCAGGUUCACUGCCCCAGAACCCCCAGAGUCCUGGGAAGGAAUCAGAGAUGCUACCACCUGUGCCCCAAUGUGCCUUCAGGAGUCCUGGGGGCAGAUCACCUCCAUGUACUUCAACACACACAAAAAAUACAAGUGGCUGCAUUUCAGUGAGGACUGUCUGUACCUGAAUGUGUGCGCGCCAGUAGGAGCGCUCGAGGACCCUCUGCUGCCUGUGAGUACUCAGCCUUCAACCACGCACCAUCCCACUCAAGCACCCCACUGUCCCGCUCAGGCCUCAGCCCUUCUCGCCCAGGUGAUGGUCUGGUUCCCAGGACACGCCUUCCUCGUGGGCUCCGCUUCCACGUAUGAUGGCUCCAAAUUGGCACCCCGGGAGAAAGUGGUGCUAGUGCUUCUGCACCACAGCCUCGGUGUCCUGGGCUUCCUUAGCACAGGCGAUAGCCAGGCCCGCGGGAACUGGGCGCCGCUGGACCAGGUUGCAGCUCUGCGCUGGGUGCCGAAGAACAUCGCAGCCUUCGGCGGAGACCCAGGUUGGGUGACCUUGUUUGGCCUGUCAUCAGGGGCCAUGUGCAUCUCGGGACUGGUGACAUCACCCCUAGCCUGGGGUCUCUUCCAUCAGGCCAUUUCCCAGAGUGGCACCGCAGUGCUCAGAGUCUUCAUCACUUCAUCACCCGGCUGAGGUUUAGCUGGGCUUGAUUCACCCCAGUGCCUACAGGGGACAUUCUGCCCUGAGGAUCCAGGCUGGUCCAGACCUGCUUCUGAGGGUCCCUCAGUUCUCCCCUCCUCAGGCUUUCUCACACAGGUCUGGGGAAGGGAGUUUCUCCAAACAGCCACCCAGAAGCUAUUCUUCCCCAAAUUAGAGGGAGAGCAGCUGAGCGGAAGCCAGUCAGGCUGCAGCAGCUGUGAGGAUCAUAAAGGACUCUGGGAAACUCUAGGACCUUCUCUAGGAAUUCAAGCAAGAACUCUGGUAGGCAGCCUGGAUGGUGAGCUGGGCCCCUGCCUCCCAUCGUCCCUGCCUCAUACCCUCCCCAUCCGCCCCGGAGGGUACCUCUCUUCCUGUCUGCUCCUCGCGGAUGGCACUCCUGGAUGAGGGGGUUGGAGAGGGCUACCCACUGCCCUGUCUCCACCCUGUCUUCAUGCCUUCGCUGGGAUCCCCCGAUGGCCACCCAGAGUCCUUCCUAAAUCCCCUGCCAGACCCUACCAGGCAGGGAGCGGUUCUCAGAACUGAUUAGAUCUUGGUGAAGACCCCAGGACAAUUCUGUGGCUUUUCUCCAAGUUUACCUCGGCUCGCCCGGGCCACUCUGAGCACGGAGGCGCACCGCUGCAAAGCUGGCCUAGGAAGCGGGCGCGCACACGCGUCUCCUGCGGGCCCCUGCGGCUCAGCUCGACCCUUCCUCUCCUCCAACACCCCGAGAUCCCCACCCACUGAAGCAGCAAUCACCGGCCGUGGCGCCUGGGGAAGGGCCAAUUAGUGCGGGAGACGCAGCCCCUCGGCUGUGCCCGCGCUGACCGCAGCCCCGCAGCGCCGCCGCCGCCGCCGCCUUCCCUGCCCGGCAGACAGCGCCAGCCGCCUGGGAGCCCCGGGGGACGCGCCGUCCGGCCUCCAGCCAACUGCAGUGAUGGAUCCAGGCGCCUGGCGUGGGGCCAGAGCCCGGGCGGACGCGAGGGCGCCGGGAGCUGCAACUCGCCACCGAUGGGUGGUGGGGUUCUGCGUCAUUUUGGCCCACACAUAACGGCUAAAAGAGGAACCAGGCCCAGAGCUGGAGGACCAGUCCUGUAAGCCUGGGAGAGAGCAUGGCCUCUACACUGAGGUACUGGGGAGCCAUGGGAAGGACAUGUCCUGGUCAGGCUUAUCUUCCAGGAGGUUACAGAGUACAGAGCAACUGGAGGAGGAGAGGGAAGAAGUGGGGAGGCCAGGGGAGGGUGGUGCAGAACUGGACAGUGAGUUCUGGACAUGGAACAGAGCAAACAAUUUCAUAAAGCAGAUGAGCGAGGUCAACUCUGAACACCCCCUCUCCCCCAUCCACAGGUGGGCCCCUGGCUCAGAGCUCUCCCACCCAGCCCAGCCUGGGAACUCAUGUGAACCCUCCGCAGGGCCUGGGGUAUCUCUGCCCCAACCAAGUGGGACCAGGAAAAGCCCCAAGAGGGAGUGCAGUCCAAGGUGAGGGCACAGGCAGGGCCAGGUGUUGCUGAGGAAGCUCCCCCCUCCACGCCCCCUCCCCCUGCAUAAGCUAAUCAAGAUAGUACUGCAGCCUCCUGCCACUGACCCUCUAUCAUUGCAACAAUAGCUCCAUGGCCACAGGGGGUUGAGUCUGGGCCUAUUUGUCCGUGGAGCAAAUCAGAAGGGGAGGAAGGUCCACGUGAGCCCUGAAAGAACUCAGAGGCUGAGAGCAGGUGGCCUCACGGAGCAGAGGUCAACAUAUCUCUUUUAGGCAGAGUUUGGGAGCUGUGUGUUCCUGUCUGGGCUUGUUCUGCUGUGUGUGUCCUCAAGCAAGCCACUUGCCUAUCUAGGUCUGGUUUCCACUCUUCAGUGCACUGGGAGCAAUCUCUGGGGUAGGACACUGCUCCAGCCCCGGGCCCUUCCAGCUACGGUCCAGGACUCCUGUCUACUCCCAGCCUGUUCAGCCGUAGGUGCUAUGGAGGAGCAUGCCUGUGGCUUCACCAAGGGGUCACUGGGUGACCAUUACGUAUCUUCUACUGUGAAGGAGCCAGGACCAUUUUGAAGGGGAGCCUGAAGGUGGAAGAAAAGCCUUUCAGGAAAUUAGCACUAGUGGCGGGAAAAUUCAUCAAAAGCUGACAGAGGCUCCUGGUGCUGAUUCAUGUCUCUUGCCUAAGGAGCAGCUCUUCUGGCCUGAGGGAAGGACUAGUAGCUUCCAGGGCCUUCCAAAGACCCCAGACCCAAGACUCCAAAACGCUGGCCCUGUUGCUGGGGCUCUCAUUAUCUGGUGGGGACACCACCAUGAGUUUUUUGCUCCUGAAUCAUGGGAUUCUACAGUGCUAGGAAAGGCUGCUGAUGGACAGGGGACUUGGGAUUGAAUACAACUGUUCCUUCUGCUCUGUGAUCUCAGACACUCGGUGGGCCUCUCUGAUCCUCUCUGCCAGGAGGAGUUCUGACCUUGCCUGCCUUCUAGGUGACCAAUACAUCUAUAAUACUCAGCAUAUCUGGGAAAAGAAUAACUUUUCGAAGAGGGAGGAUGGAACCAUAUCCAAACAACUCUUGGUAGUGGGACCAAGGCAGCAGGGAAACAAUCUGGAUGUGGACCUCAUUCUGGUGGCACAGACCUCCCUCCCACUUCCAGGUAUUAUGGAAGCCAGAAGAGCUGUUGCAAGACACACCUCCAGGGAGCAUCAUUUACCUGGUUUACAGUGUGAAUGAGUCCCAGGAUGUUACCUGAGCUCCAUGUCCUACCUCCUCUGAACUUGCCACCUACACGCACAAGUACAACACCCAUGCCUCAGAGAAGGCUCUGAUGGGAUCUCUUGGUUACCACCUAACCCAAAGCAUCCACACUGGACAGUCUUUGCAGCUCCGUCCUCCCCUCCAGCCUGUCCAUGUUUACCUUCAGCUCCCAGAACUGGUCCGGCCACCAGGCCAGCCAGAUUAUGUGAAGCAGAAUCCUUUGAAGGGGCUAUGGAUGUAGCAGACCCCAGAGCCACAGGGAAUCCCUUCCAGGGCCACUCUGACCCUGGCACUGCCACUGUCUCUGGCUCAGCUACAAAAGGAGGUACACCACAGGCAGCUAUCCUCUGCUGUAGGAGAUCAUUAACUCCCCAGCCUUGUUAAGCCAGCUUCCUUUUUCAGGCCCUUCUUAGUUCAUUUUAUGGUUUGUUUUUUUUUUUUGAGGGGGUUUCUUUUGGCCACAGUGUGAGGCAUGUGGGAUCUUAGCUCCCUGACCCGGGAUCGAACCGACGCCCCCUGCAGUGGAAGCAUGGAGUCUUAACCACUGCAUGGCCAAGGAAGCCACCUCAUUUUAUGAUAUUUUGACUGGACCUUGUAUGGACUCAAGUUGUUAUCCAGUUCUUCCCUUGAUGGCCAAGGAAGCCACCUCAUUUUAUGAUAUUUUGACUGGACCUUGUAUGGACUCAAGUUGUUAUCCAGUUCUUCCCUUGAUGGCCAACAUUUACAGCUGGAUUUUUAUCAAAGUAUGAAGUUGUACAAAUCCUAGAAUUUCAUAGCUAGAAAGGACCUUAAAGAUUGUCAUAGCCACCAUGCUUUGAGAGUUUAUAACUUUGUGUCAGACACUUUGUACAGAUGUUUUUGGCUGCCCAGUAUAUCCUUUCCUUUUCCUAUGACAUCACCCUGUCCACAGAGAUUCACAGUGUCCACACUUCAGGGAUGAGCACGUAACCCAAAUUUGGCCUAUUAAAGUCAAUCCCAAGAUUUUUGUGGGAAUAUCAGGAAAGAGUAGUCCUUACCUCUUGAAGGUGAGUCAGCAUGUGAAUGAAGCUAAAACAUAACAAAGAGACCGAGAGAAAGAGAGACAGACAGACAGAGACAGAAAGAGAGACAGAGACAGAUUUCUGGUUUCAGUGCUUGAACACCUGGAUCUAGCCAUGCCUGAACCAAGAAUUUUCAAUUAAAUGAACUGAUACAUUCCCUUUUUUUGUGGAAGUUAGUUUUAAUUGGGUUUUUGUCACUUGAAGCCAAAACAGCCUUGACAAGUAUGAGUAGAUGUCUCUGUCCUCAAUUUUUUUAUUAGAAAUCUGAGGAACCAGCUAGCUCUGGGUUCUCAGGCAAGUCACUAAAUAUCUCUGACAUCAGGUUGCUCUGACAAAGAUUGAAAGGACUGAAUUUCUUCAACUUCAGGACUCCUUUGCUCUCCUGGGAUCUCUGGAGCUACCUGGCCACAUGCCCUUAGAAGAAUCAAUCACUUGUUGUGAGUCUCAAUUUUCUGAGCUACAAAAUAGGACAGUCAUUCCUUCCCUCCUUACCUUGGGAGAGUCCAGUGAGAAAGUGUUUGGAAAAUUGCUUGUACUAAAGCAAAUGUUAUGUAGUGUGCAUAUUAUACAAAGGAGGAAUCUCAGCUCAUACCAGACAACCAUUGUCCCAAAAUGGCUCAUAUCUCUUCCAAAACAGUUUUUUAACACUUUUAAAAAUAAAACCUAAGACAUUAAAACAUAUUUAUAAAGAAGGCUUACCCACAGCAUCUCAUUGGGCAGGAUCUAGCUCAGGACAGGCCCAGGUAAAGUAAGGGAUAUGGCACUGAGUGAAGCUUGCUUGGGAAUCACUCUUUGUCACUGCUGAGCUCUCUAGGAAGCUUUACCUUCAGGCUGUUUUUUGUUUUGUUUUGUUUUAAUAAAUUUAUUUA